AUGCUACUCGAGUUCUGUGGGUUCGACCCUCAGCAGAAGGCAAAAGUGUAUUUCAACAUUCACGGUAAUCCUUGUCUUCAUCGUAUUACCCAGAUUUCUGAAUCAGUCACAUGGGAUGGAUUUCAAUUUCACGCGUUACAACGUUAUAACGGGUUUGAAAUCCAAAAUUCAUAUAAACCUUCGUUUCAAGGAAAUCCCAUUAAAUCACGAGCGGCUCAGUUCAUUAAGUGUAAUGAUCUGGGAAGAAGGAAGGAAAAAAGGGUUAAGAGUUUGUGGUGGGUCAUGCACAACAGGCAGAUCAAAGGCAGGUCAAUGGGGUCAUAUUGGAUAAGAAAUGGAAACAGGAACUUAAACACUAUACGGAGGAAAGGAAAUACACUGUAG